CUUUAAUGGAGCAGGAAGCGUCUCGAGACCUCACAGAAGACGAGGGUGCUUAGAGACCUCUGAAAGCAGCGAUGAUCACUGAUUUCUUCUUUCUGCUCAUAAUCAUGGGUGGACAUGUCUCCAGUGUAGAGCUACCAGAUGCUGAUCAGCAAAUAACCAAUGGGACAAUUAUCGGAGAUAACGAAGCUGAAGUGGAGAAAGUCUGUAAUUUUCAGGAUAUUGCUCAACACCUGAAUCUGAACAAAGACAAUUUUAAAUACACUAUGAGCCGGCCCAUUUUAAACAACAGUCAUCAUACAGAAGUAUGGCUCGAAGUGAAACUCUAUGCCAUCUUAGAUAUGAGAGAAAUUGACCAGACCUUAAUUACUUACAUUUGGGUUUAUUUGAAGUGGCGCAAUGAGUACAUUGAAUGGAAACCAGAUGAAUUUUGUGGAAUUAAAUAUAUAACAAUUCCUACUUCAUAUCUAUGGAUGCCAGAUAUAGCUAUUGAAGAGAUGACAGAGAAAGAUAAAGCCUCUCCAAGUCCAUAUCUCAGCAUAUUUUCAGAUGGUAUGGUUGAAUUUAGGAAUGACCAGGUGGUGUUAAGCACCUGCAAGAUGCAUGUUUACAAAUUCCCUUUCGACAUCCAAAGUUGCAACCUCUCCUUCAAGUCUAUUAUGCAUGAAGAUAAAGAAAUAUAUUUACAGUCCAGCAGAAAUGAUACAAUGCUCACAGAAUGGUCUCGCAAGGUGAUGCACACACAGUAUGAGUGGCUGUUCAUCAACAUAUCAGUCACCAGCGAAAUUGUCAAUCAUUUUGGAUUUGACCAAAAUGCAGUCACUUACACUAUUACCAUGAAGAGGAGGUCUGUCCUCUACCUUGCCAAUUUCAUCCUGCCAGUGCUCUUCUUCUUGCUUCUGGACUUAUCCUCCUUCCUGAUCUCAGACACUGGGGGUGAGAAACUCGGCUUCAAGGUCACUGUCUUGCUUGCUGUCACAGUGAUGCAGCUUCUUCUCAAUGAGAUUCUGCCGAGCUCUUCAGACAGUAUUCCACUUAUAGCUGUCUACUGCAUUGGAGUUUUUGCUCUGAUGCUGCUCAGCCUCCUGGAGACAAUUUUGGUCAAGCAUCUGAUUGAAAAAGAUUCUGCAAUUGAAGAUGAGACAGAUGGAGACCGAAGCCUGGGGGAGAACUCUGGGAGCAACCAGGGCGGCCACAACUUCUGCAGCUGUUUUAGAGAGAUUAAGAGAUGCAGUCCUCGUGCCUCUGUUGAUGAGGUAUCAUCUCAUGAAACACCAUCUGUAUCUUUGUCAUCUCUCACCCAAAAGGAGAGCAGCAGUAAACUGACAGAGGUGUCCGUUGCUCUGGAAAAAGUUUCCGAUGAGCUGCGGGAGACUGGGAAAACAAUAACUCUGCUCAGCAGCAACAGGAAGCCUGGCUACUGGACAAGAAUGGUCGAAUUUAUUUCUCCUAAAGAUGUUUGUGACAGUUGGGAUCUUGGAGAUGAUGUCAACAUUUUAAGUGAAGAUGAGACUGACUACCGCAGUCUGGCGACUUCUGUAUGA